AGAAUAGAGGCAGCGCACAAACACAAGUUCUGCAAAAGACAAAAGCCUCUCAUACUCCUUAAGAAAGUCAGUGUCAGCAUCUGGCUGAUCAAGUAAGAAUGUAGGACCAUCCCACUCCCAGGCAUUCAGGCACACAGCUCCAUGUACAUUCUGCAAGCUUCCAACAGCCAGGGAGCCACACACAGCUCAAAGGUUCACUAUUCCAUGUCUCAUGAAUCCCUGGAUGAGUCUUUUCACAUGAAUCCUUCAGAACAUUUUUAAAUAUGGAGAAAGCAAAUGGAGAAGACACUUUAUCCAAAGCGGAAAAGAAGGAAAAACGCAUGUCAUAUUCUGUGGAGACACCUUAUGGCUUUCACUUAGACCUUGACUUUCUUAAAUACGUGCAUGAUAUUGAGAAAGGAAACACCAUUAAAAGGAUACACAUACACAGAAGAGCAAAACAAUCCAAGUUCAGCACUCUGCCACGAAAUUUUAGUGUACCAGACAAUGGGUCACAAUCCUAUAUUUCCUCCUCUAGCAGAACUUGGAGUCCUUCAAGCUACAAAUCUGAUGCACAAGGCAAUAUUUCACCUGCAAGUGAGUCAUCUUUGCGGUUAAGAUAUAUACAUGAUUUAAACUAUAGAAAGAAGGAUAAUACAUUUGAUACCCAGAAACAUAUUGGUGAUAUUGUUUCAGAAGAUCUCAAUAGAUUUGCAGAUAGGCCACAGUUUGUGAGGGCAUCUAGUAUGCCAGCAGCUCUUCCACAAAGCACAACACAGUAUGAGGAGAACCAAUACCUCAAACUCCCACAAUCAGCAAACAGUUACAGUGAAAGCACAAUACAGUGUCUGAAAGGCUCACGCCAUGGAGGUUCUGAGGACCAAAUCACAGCAGCACUCAAAAGGAUAAAAGAUCUUGAGGAACAAUUAAAAACUAUUGCUGAACUCAAAAAGGCCAUCUCAGAACUGGAAGGGGAAAACAGCAAGUUGAAUACACAAUUAAAAUCAAUAUCAGAACUGCUAACUAGUUACAGAAAGGAAAAUGAGAAUGUUGAACUGAAUAUUUCAGAAAGUGAAGCACAACCUGAAGCUAUAACUGGAAAUGGAGAGAAUGGCAGUGAUUUAGGCUGUACCAGUUUAAGUCAUUCAAUAUUUUUGGCAAUUAAACAGCAAAUUACAGAGUUCAAAGAACAAUUAGAUGACAGUACAAGAGAUUGCCACAACCUUCGAGAAAUCCUGGAGAGACGACAGGAUGAAAUGAAGGCAAAAGAUUUACAUAUUGUUGGACUGAAAAACACAAUAGACACUUUGGAAGAAAUGAUCAGUAGAAGACAAAAGGAAGACGUUGAGUACAAAGAUAUUGCAGUAAAUACAGAGCUGCCACCAAAAGAUGAAGAAAAGGGCAAAAGCUUUUCUGACAAUAUUUCAUUUGUUACUCAGUCAUUGGAAAGUGACAACAUGGCAACUGUCCUUGAGCAAACAUUAGAUGAGAAACAUGAUUUCUGCAUGAUGAUAGACUCAGAUCAUCCUGCUGUAAUGGCAGGUCCUGAAGUGCAGCCUAAUAUUACUUCAGAUUUGGACAUGGACAUAAAGAAAGCCACACCAAGCUUCAUUACUGUUGAGAAAGAGCAUUUGGAUACACAUAUUUCACAGAGUCAUAAUCUUGACAAGGCAUUAUUGGGGGUGUGCAUCACAGAAGACCAAACACCAAUAGAUGCUUCUGUAGGGCAAUAUGUCAAAAGAAUUCAGGACCUUUUGCAGGAACAAUGGACAUGUUUAGAACAUGGAUAUCCAGAUCUAGCUAGUGCUAUUAAACAGCCGGCCUCCAAACUGAGCUCAAUCCAGAAUCAACUAGUGAAUUCUCUCAAUCUGUUGUCGUCAGCUUCUUCAGUUCAAGCAGCACCAGAGGGAAGUCAUUCUAAGAUGAAGAACCAUCACAAAGCAGAGGCAGGGCCCAGGAGCAGCCUGAAGUCGAUCAUGAAGAAGAAAAACACUCACAGCCGCAUGGGGGACAGUGAAGUUCAAGCUAAAAAGAAUCUCCAGUUUGUUGGGGUCAAUGGUGGUUAUGAAACAACUUCCAGUGAGGAUUCAAGUUCUUCUGAAGAAUACUGUGACACAGAGAAAAAUAGUGUUUCUGCUUCAGGACAAGCACAGGCUUCCAGUGAUGAACAAAUGGUGAACGUAUUACUGCCAGUGUCAGAGGAGAAGGAAAUUGCCCAAGAAGAUCCAGAGCCAAUAAUGGGAUCUUCCCAACAAGAAGCACAAAGAUGUACAGUGAGUGAUGCCUUUCGUGCUGAAUGCCAAAAACUGUCUAACCAUCUUGCAGAGCUUCAGGGAACAACAGACAACCAACUGAGGCAAACACUGUACACAGUCUGCCAAGAAUGGUUCAGAGUUUCCAGCCAGAAAACAUCCAGCUCUGAUCUUGUGGCGGUUUAUCUGGAAGAAUUCAGGUCGAUCUGUCCCCAGCUAUUACAAAUGGUGGUCAAUAUGUCUGAUGAGAAUGGGAACACUGCCCUUCACUACAGUGUUUCACAUUCCAACUUCAGGAUUGUUAAACUCCUACUCGAGACAGGAGUGUGUGAGGUGGAUUAUCAGAACAAAGCAGGGUACACCGCAGUGAUGCUAACAGCGCUGGCAUCUGCAGAAACAGAUGAGGCUAUGGAAGUGGUUCUUAACCUUUUAAAUCAAGGAAAUGUAAACCUGUGUGCAACUCAGGGAGGACAAACUUCUCUGAUGCUGGCAGUAAGCUAUGGGAGGUUGGACAUGGUAAAGGUCUUGCUUAACUGUGGAGCAGAUGUGAAUGUGCAAGAUGAAGAUGGGGAAACUGCUCUGAUGAUGGCCUGCCAACUCGGCAACAUGGAUAUUGUGAAACGCCUGUUAGUUCAACCAGAGUGUGAUACAGAACUAAGUGACAAGGUUGGCAAUACUGCCUUGUCUAUUGUUCUUAAUUCUGCCCACAGCGAGAUUGCAGAAUUUCUACAAGCCCACACAGAGCACAGACGCUCCCGUUCCACAGCUGAAAUGGAAAAAGGAGCUCCAUUGUAAGCAAGCAUUGGGAACAAAGCCCAAUUAUGUACCAGUUCAGAUCAGUUCAGUAGGACUUUGCAAGUUCUGAGUGUAGAUAUGAUCCUUCCCUGCAUUGUCUCGACUUUGAGAAACUAUUUGCAAUAUGUGUAUAUUUACCAGAAUAUCUAUUGCUUACUCAACCUGUCAUCCUAUAAUGUGCAAAUACAUUUUUUCAGCAAAGGUCACAAAAUAUUGGAUUCUUUGGAAAAGUUAUUGCAAUACAAACCCCAGUAGCACACGGAGAACAUUUAUGCAAUGACUCCUUUAAUCGCCAAGACUUUGUUAUAUUAUAACAAGACAUUCCAUUUGUGUUAUUAAUGUACAAAUCUACUGCAAGGGACAAUAUAACUAUUUUUCUUUAUAAGCACAAUGAGGAAGGUAUGUUAGACAACAGACAAACACUCAUACUCGGUUGCUAUCAUAUUAUGGUAACAUGGAACACAUGGAAGAAUUGGGUCUCGUCUAGAAAAUCCACCCAGAAAGUGCCAAUGAUUGUAAAGUGAUUGCAUCUAAAAAAAUUCAAUUAGUACAACAUUUUUUAUUUAUCAUAUUGUUUAAAUUUAUCUUGGGUGCAGAUUAAAUAAAAAUUGGAGAUCUUUUCUGCUAAGAUUUAUUGCCCAGCAGUGGGGCACAAAACUGGCCAACAAAUGUAGCUUACGGACAGCAAAGGAUGUAGAUCUUCCACUCUCAGUAACAAUGCAGCCAUGCCAGGAAUAUUAGAAGUUUAACUGUAGGGAUGACUAUUAAGCCCUAUAAAGAUCUUCUUUAGGGUGGACACACUAGUGCUCAUUUAAAAAUACAGGGCAGUUUGCUCCAAAGCAGCAACCCAUAGCAAACAGAGACUAGCAAUAAUUUUCUAACUUGCAAUAAACAGUUAUGUGCUAGCGCAACCGGGGCCCAGGUGCAGGCAGGGUGGUCACCCCCCACUGGUGCAUUUUUGUGCCGGAUUCCUGUCUGUGAAAGCAGCUGGCAGGCCCCGAGGGAGUGCAGGCUCGGGUGCGACCCCUCAAAACACCCUCCCAUAUUUCCGCCACAUAUGGAAGAUUUGUAGAUGCUUCUUUAUAAACAUCCCUAAAACUGUACCAGAGUGACUUUUACAACCCUGUUUUUAUAUAUCUGGAACCCUGCUAUGAGUGAGCCUAUGACUUGAGUCAUAGGCUCACUCAUAAGUCUUGACAAUACAUUUCAGCCUUUUUUUUUACAAUACAUUUUAUAAAAAGAAUGUGUGCUCAAAGCAGCAUGGAUUGCUGUUGCCUUUUUGCCAACUUACUCUGUAGGUGGAGCAUCUGACCUUCUCGGCGAGUUAUAAUUCUAUUGAGACAACUUCUAUGCUUUAUAUUCAUGAGUGAGUGAAGGGGGCCCAAAAAUAUGUAGGAACUCAAAGGGCUUGGAAGCUACCAUCUAGCAAUGGGUAAAAGUAAGGAAUAUAAAAUAGUGUCAAUGCAUCAUAGGUACUAUGUGUGGAAUACAUGCUCUACACUUGUAACACCCAAGUACAGUUUGUGAAUUAUCUUCAAUUUCUCUGGCUGUCUUGGGAAUGCACUUUCUUGGGUAUGGGGCUUUACUGGAAAGAUUUUGUAAAUAUUUUGUGACAUCCUAAAGCCCACAUAAUUUUAUCAAUUUUUAUCUUGUAUUUUUCCAGUAGUUAAAUGGAUACUGCCAUGGGAAAAAAAAAUUUUUUCAAAAUCAAUCAGUUAAUAGUGCUGCUCCAGCAGAAU